CUUUCACCAGCAUUUCUUAGAGCAUUCAAGUGAUGGUGGUGAUGGUGCCACCACUAUCACAACUCUCAGAAAACACUUGAGUUGCUUGUGGGCUUUCUUAUCCCUUAAUUUGAGGUUGUUAGGUAUGCUAAGGCAUGGAAUAGAAAGAGAUCUGGAAUCCUGCUUGCAGGCAGAGUUUUUUUGGGGUGAAUCAACAGGAAAAAAAAGCCUGCCUCUCUUUUUUCUCUCACCUUGUCUUUGAACCUUCACUGCCUGGUGUAACUCCCACCUAAGGAAGGCUGGCACCCAGAUUGAAAACAUCGAGGAAGACUUCAGGAAUGGACUUAAACUCAUGCUGCUUUUGGAAGUCAUCUCAGGGGAAAGGCUGCCCAAACCUGACCGAGGAAAAAUGCGGUUCCACAAAAUUGCUAAUGUCAACAAAGCUUUGGAUUACAUAGCCAGCAAAGGGGUGAAACUGGUGUCCAUCGGGGCUGAAGAAAUUGUUGAUGGCAAUGUGAAAAUGACCCUGGGUAUGAUCUGGACCAUCAUCCUUCGUUUUGCUAUUCAGGAUAUUUCAGUUGAAGAAACAUCUGCCAAAGAAGGUCUGCUGCUUUGGUGUCAGAGGAAAACCGCUCCUUACAGAAAUGUGAACAUUCAGAACUUCCACACUAGCUGGAAAGAUGGCCUUGGCCUCUGUGCCCUCAUCCACAGACACCGGCCCGACCUCAUUGACUACUCAAAGCUGAACAAGGAUGACCCCAUAGGAAAUAUUAACUUGGCCAUGGAAAUUGCGGAGAAACACCUGGAUAUUCCUAAAAUGUUGGAUGCUGAAGAUUUAGUAUACACUGCCAGACCUGAUGAAAGAGCCAUAAUGACUUAUGUUUCCUGUUACUAUCAUGCUUUUGCUGGUGCACAGAAGGCCGAGACAGCAGCUAACAGGAUAUGUAAGGUUCUUGCUGUGAAUCAAGAGAAUGAGAGGCUGAUGGAAGAAUAUGAGAGGCUAGCAAGUGAGCUUUUAGAAUGGAUUCGUCGCACGAUCCCCUGGCUAGAGAACCGGACUCCCGAGAAGACCAUGCAAGCCAUGCAGAAGAAGUUAGAGGACUUCCGGGAUUACCGUCGGAAGCACAAGCCCCCCAAGGUACAGGAGAAAUGCCAGCUGGAGAUCAACUUCAACACGCUGCAGACCAAGCUGCGCAUCAGCAACCGGCCCGCCUUCAUGCCCUCUGAGGGCAAGAUGGUGUCGGAUAUUGCUGGUGCCUGGCAGAGACUGGAGCAGGCCGAGAAAGGUUAUGAGGAGUGGUUGCUCAACGAGAUUCGGAGACUGGAGCGCCUAGAACACCUGGCUGAGAAGUUCAGGCAGAAGGCUUCGACGCAUGAGACUUGGGCAUAUGGCAAAGAGCAGAUCUUGCUGCAGAAGGAUUAUGAGUCGGCGUCAUUGACAGAGUUGCGGGCUCUGCUGCGAAAGCAUGAGGCGUUCGAGAGCGACCUGGCAGCACACCAGGACCGUGUGGAACAGAUUGCAGCCAUCGCACAGGAGCUCAAUGAACUGGACUAUCAUGACGCUGUGAAUGUCAAUGACCGGUGCCAGAAAAUUUGUGACCAGUGGGACAGAUUGGGAACACUUACUCAGAAGAGGAGAGAGGCCCUGGAGAGAACUGAGAAACUGCUAGAAACCAUCGAUCAGCUUCACCUGGAGUUUGCCAAGAGAGCUGCCCCUUUCAACAACUGGAUGGAGGGUGCUAUGGAGGACCUCCAAGACAUGUUUAUUGUCCAUAGCAUUGAAGAGAUCCAGAGUUUGAUCACUGCCCACGAGCAGUUCAAGGCCACACUGCCCGAGGCGGAUGGAGAGCGGCAGUCAAUCAUGGCCAUCCAGAAUGAGGUGGAGAAGGUGAUCCAGAGCUACAGCAUCAGAAUCAGCUCGAGCAAUCCCUACAGCACUGUCACCAUGGACGAGCUCCGGGCCAAGUGGGACAAGGUGAAGCAGCUUGUGCCCAUCCGCGAUCAGUCCCUGCAGGAGGAGCUGGCCCGCCAGCAUGCCAACGAGCGUCUGAGGCGCCAGUUUGCUGCGCAGGCCAAUGCCAUUGGGCCCUGGAUCCAGAACAAGAUGGAGGAGAUCGCCCGGAGCUCCAUCCAGAUCACAGGAGCCCUGGAAGACCAGAUGAACCAGCUGAAGCAGUACGAGCACAACAUCAUUAACUACAAGAACAAUAUUGACAAGCUGGAGGGAGACCAUCAGCUCAUCCAAGAGGCCCUGGUCUUCGACAACAAGCACACAAACUACACAAUGGAGCACAUCCGCGUUGGAUGGGAGCUGCUGCUGACAACCAUCGCCAGAACCAUCAACGAGGUGGAGACCCAGAUCCUGACACGGGAUGCGAAGGGCAUCACGCAGGAGCAGAUGAAUGAGUUCCGAGCCUCCUUCAACCACUUCGAUAGGAGGAAGAAUGGCCUGAUGGAUCAUGAGGAUUUCAGAGCCUGCCUGAUUUCCAUGGGUUAUGAUUUGGGUGAAGCCGAAUUUGCCCGCAUUAUGACCCUGGUGGAUCCCAAUGGACAAGGCACUGUCACCUUUCAGUCCUUCAUUGACUUCAUGACUAGAGAGACUGCUGACACGGAUACCGCCGAGCAGGUCAUCGCCUCCUUCCGCAUCCUGGCUUCCGAUAAGCCAUAUAUCCUGGCGGAGGAGCUGCGUCGGGAACUUCCCCCGGAUCAGGCCCAGUACUGCAUCAAGAGGAUGCCUGCCUACUCGGGUCCGGGCAGCGUGCCUGGUGCCCUGGAUUAUACCGCAUUCUCUUCCGCGCUCUAUGGAGAGAGUGAUCUGUGAUGCUGAGGUUUUGUAACCAUUGAUCCCAUCAGAAUGCAAUAAAAGCUGAAGUCACAGUUUGUUUCCUGGAAACUUUGACAAGCUUUAUUAAAUUAAGAGAAAGAGAGAAA